UUCAGGUAACACCAAGCCAUUCGUCUAAUGUGAUCUUAACUCCAAUGAAUUUUAAGCUUAUGGAGAUUGCUCGAAACCAAGAUAAAGAUUUGAAGGACAAAUGCAAACUUAUUGAUACAACAAACAUGUGGGUGAGUUUAAGAACCAUUAAGAGGCUUUUUGACACUAAGAGACUAAAGCUCCAGAUGCCCCCAAUCUCAAAGGAGGAUGACUAUGAUCAAACUCUUCUACAAGGAACAGAUGCUGGACCGGCAGUACAGUUCUUUGAUAAUGUGAUUGGUGUCUCCAUACCCAAAUCUCGUUUUGUUCCCUUGGAUGCAACAUCAGAUUUACUGCUUCUGCAGUCAGAUCUAUACACUUCUAGAGAAGGUGUUUUAGCUCGCAAUCCAGCUAGAACCAACGCUUUAAAUCCUGUGAUAGACUUGGGACCCAAAUAUGAAAAGAUUGCUGACUUUCGAAGUCGGUUCAAAUCCAUUCCAAGUAUCGUGGGGUUGGAUAGUUUGAUUGUGAGAGGCGACGUGUGGUUUGGGGCUAAUAUUACUUUGAAGGGGCACAUGACUAUUGUUGCAAAACCGGGCUUGAAAUUGGAAAUUCCAGAUGGAGUUGUGAUUGAGAAUAAGGAGAUCAACGACAUUGCAGAUAUCCAAGAAUGAAUGGUUCACCAAUGUUGAGGGGUAUUUGUUUCUAAUGAAUAGGUGACUCCAGAUGCUUUGAUUUGCAGUGCAAUAAAGUUACAAAGCUCGCCAUCAGUUAGCUUUUCUAUUUACUGGGAACCGAAAGGUUGAAGAAACAAAUAACAAGUUUUGGAAGCGCCAUAACAGUGAUGAAAUAAUUGUCUCUACUCACUUAUUUGACCUUGUAGCUUUUUAGCUUUUAGAUAAAAAAAAAGGCUUGAUGCUGAGAUAAUGAAUAAAAAAGUAAAAGUGAUUGUUUUCCUUGAUACUACAUAGUCUCAUCAAUUGUUUACUGUACAACGAGUUGGAGCACGGAGCAGACAUUUUUUCAUCCUAUUUAAUUGGAGGUAUUAUAUUCGGCAUUGACUUAUUGUUA